AUGCACGGGCUGGCGCGGGUCGUGCGGCGGGCCGCGGCCCCGGGGCGGCUGUCGGUGUCCCGGGCAGGGGGGGCCGGGGCGCGGCCCUGGGGCUGGGGGCUGGCGCUGGGGCUGGCGCUGGGGGUGAAGGUGCCGGCGGGCUGUGAGGCUGACGAGGCGGAGCCGAACCUGACCUCGCUGCCGUCCCCUCGGGGCUUCGGCGCUGCCAUCGAGAGGGGCAGGGACCUGGUGAGGAGGAUUAAGGAUGAAGCAGGCAUCCCAGGUAUACUAGUUGGAGUUUCAGUAGAUGGACAGGAAGUCUGGUCAGAAGGUUUGGGUUAUGCUGAUGUAGAGAAUCGUGUAGUAUGUAAGCCAGAGACCAUCAUGCGUAUUGCUAGCAUUAGCAAGUGUCUUACAAUGAUGGCUGUUGCUAAACUGUGGGAAGAGGGGAAACUGGAUUUAGAUGCUCCAGUGCAGAAAUACGUCCCUGAAUUUCCAGAAAAAGUCUACGAGGGUGAAAAGGUCACUAUUACUACAAGACUGUUAGUCUCACACCUGAGUGGGAUUCGUCACUAUGAAAAAGAUAUUACAAAAGUAAAGGAAGAAAAGGAAAAGGCGAACAGAGCAUUAAAACCAACAAAACCAUGUCAGGAUAAAGAACAAAAAGAAAAAGAAGGCAAAGGGAUUGAAAGGACUGAUUCUGUCAAACUGAGGAAAGAACACGAGGGUGAGGUAAAAAGCCGAAAUUCAAAACCUGGCAGGAAAGACAAGGAAUUUGAGCAAGAAGAGUAUUAUUUGAAGGAAAAAUUUGAAAGUGUGAUUGAAUCACUGAAGAUAUUUAAAAAUGAUCCUUUAUUCUUUAAACCAGGUAGUCAGUUCUUGUAUUCAACUUAUGGCUUUACUCUAUUAAGUGCUGUUGUGGAGAGAGUUUCAGGACAAAAAUUUACAGAUUAUAUGUUAAAAAUGUUUCGUGAUUUGGAUAUGCUGUCAACUGUACUAGAUGACAACGAAGCAAUGAUAUAUAACAGAGCAAGGUGUUAUGUUUACAACAAAAAAGGACGGCUGGUGAAUGCACCGUAUGUGGACAACUCUUACAAGUGGGCUGGUGGUGGCUUUCUCUCAUCAGUAGGUGACCUUCUGAAAUUUGGAAAUGCCUUGUUGUACAGUUAUCAAGCUGGACAAUUUAAAAACACUAAAGGCAGACUUCUUCCUGGGUACCUCAAACCAGAAACAGUCACAAUGAUGUGGACCCCAGUGCCAAAAACGGAAGUAUCAUGGGACAGGGAUGGUAAAUAUGCAAUGGCUUGGGCUGUAGUAGAGAAAAAACAGCAGUGUGGCUGUUGCAGACAGCAGAGACACUAUGCAUCUCAUACGGGUGGUGCAGUGGGGGCAAGUAGCGUCCUCCUAAUUCUUCCUGAAGAGCUGGACUCUGAAGCUACAGAUACUGGGCUAGUGGCACCACCUAGAGGAGUAAUUGUUACUAUCAUCUGUAAUAUGCAAUCGGUUUCACUCAACAGCACGGCCUUAAAGAUUGCAAGGGAAUUUGAUAAAGAAAAACGGGCACAAUAUACAGGUUAAAAAAAGGAAAAAAAGCAACGUGUAACUCGACUCACUGCACGAAAAACAAAUGGAGAAGGGUGUAAUUAGACUCUAAGAUCACUAAGAAUACAUGAAGCAAAAGCAUCAACAAUUCGCUUAAUUAACUUCUGCUAGUGGUGCUAAACUUAUGUCUAACUGGAAUUAAUUUCUCAGGGAAGUUCCUGACUUACAGAAAGGAGAAUGUAACAGUCAGCUUUGACUUCUGUAGUACCUGUGUAAAUCAUCAUCAUGUUAGCAGUUUUUUUUCUCAUCAGUGAAGCACUUGAUCAAGAUCAAAACCCACCAGCACUAGUUUCUCACACUGAGAAGUACAAUGACAGAUGAUCUACCUUAAAUGUUAAACUUCUGAAAGAUUUCACGUCUUGAUUUGAGCACACAAAGAUGUAGUCUGUUCAUUCUCAAUGUUCCAGUCUGCCAAAACUGGUCAGUAUUACUUUUGAAAGAAAACUGGGUUUACUGUUGAUUUUUUGUAUUUGAUAAAAAAAAAAACAAACCCACAAACAACAACCCUCAAAUCUUGAAGCUACCUCCAGAAUGCAGAUUUACACCAGAAGUGUGCUUCUGACAGCUGUGCAUUGCUCAGAAUUAGGAAAGAAUAAGGAUAGAGUAAUGUAAGUAAAAAAGUCUUUUUGUUAUUUAGAUGUCUUCUCUUCCACUUUUAUUGGAGACAGGGAAUGUGUGAAACUAGCUUACUGUGAACUAAGGGUAUUGUUUCCACAGUCAGAGGUACCUGAAUAGCACAACAGGGUGAGAUGUCAAACUCUCAUUGUUUUAAAAUGAUAUACAUGCUGACUUUGGUAGCCAGAAAUGACACUGUAUUCUAUAAUGUAGAUAUUCCUUGAGAUACAGGAAUCGGGAACGCAACAAAAUUUAAAGCCUAUUCUUAGAAUCACAGAAUCAACCAGGCUGAAAAAGACCUUUAAGGUCAUUGAGUCCAACCCCAGCACUGCUAAGGCCACCACUAAACCGUGUCACUUAGUGUCUCAUCUACACGGUUUUUUAACACUUCUAGGGAGAGUGAUUCCCCCACUGCCCUGGGCAGCCUGUUCCAAUGCCUGAGCACCCUCUUUGUGAAGAAAUUUUCCCUAAUAUCCAAUCUAAAUAUCUGGCACAGGUUGAGGCUGUUUCCUAUUGUCCUAUUGCUUGUUACUUGGGAGAAGAGACUGGCUGCCACCUCACUACCACCUCCUUUCAGAUAGUUGUAGAGAGUGAAACUUUGAGAGGUUUUUUUUAAAAAACAUCUUCUUUUUUCCACUUGGAAACAUGCCUCAAGGAGUUACUUUUGCACAAGGUUGAAGAUGAAAUUGUGAUGAAGUUCCAAAGAAGCGUUUUCUAAUCUUCAAUUUUACUAUAGGAAUAUAACGACAUCUGAGUAUGGUAUUUUUAUAUAUUCCAUACUAGCAUGGAAAAUUUCUGCUAUUUCAAGAUUUGCCCCUACCCCACUUUCCCUGCAGUUACAUCAGAUAGUAUUUCCAGGCUGAGACAAAGCAAAAUAGCCUUUGGGAAACGUUUGAAUAGUUUCAUCCCUGUGCUGUUCAGGAGCUCUGCUGCUCUGAAUUUAAUGAGCAAGGUGUCUUAGUUAAGAGCCACCAGAAGAUAGCCUUACCUGCCUCUGUCCCAAGUUAGCACUUUUAAUGUUAACUUCAUAGUUGCUAUCUGCCCUAUCAUGAAACAAUAUGCUGUCAUCUCUCUUCCCAGUAUGCCUGUGAUACCAUUUAUUACCUAAGACUGACAAACCAGGAAAUUUAAUCUUUUGAGGUGUCAAUGUUUUACAUACAUUUUUAAUUGAAGGUAGUAAGGCUAGUUUAGUACUCUUUAAGUAUCAUCAUUUUUGUGCCUUAAACCAGUAAAAGGUAAACUAUUUCCUUGGGUUUUCUGGCCCACUCACCAAAACUUCAGUUUUUUAUUUAUUACUAAUGAGUUGUCUUUAGAAUAUCAGAUCAGUAGAGACAACAAAGAGAGCCCUUCUGAACAAACUUUAAUUUGCUCAGGCAAUAAAUGAACUGCUUUUUCAGUCAAGUUACUGAUACUGUUUGACAAUUCCAAUACAGAAGUACUGGAGGUGAGUACCUUCAAUAGCAACAUUUUUUCCAGUCUUUAGUACCUACUAGCUCUGUAAACCUGCAACGGCAGAAGUCACUGCCCAUUUUACAUGGGGAACAAGAGUAAGUAGUUCUGAGUUGUUUUCAUUUUGAAAGAAUAUGUGAAUAGAAUGGACCAAAUACAGUAUCUUAAAUAUAAAAAAUCUGCAAAAGUAGUUUCUGUACUUUUAUUAGGAUUUAGAACAUACUUUUCUUGUAUGAUACAUCUGUUUUGCAAAUGUCAUUUUGCAUACUUGAGAGAAAACAGUUUUCCCUCACUGACGGUUGUUUGGGUAUAGGGAUUGAGAACCUAGAAAGCAUAGGUUUACUGUUAUACUUGUCUGCAUAUCACCAAACACUAAUAUAUAUAAGUACAGGUUAGAUAUAAGGAAGUUCUUUGCUAUGAGGGUGGUGAGGCAUUGGAACAGGUUGUCCCAAGAAGUGGUAAAUGCCCCAACCCUGGCAGUGUUCAAGGCCAGGUUGGACAGAACCUUGGGUGACAUGAUCUAGUGUGAGGCAUCCCUGCCUAUGGCAGAGGGGUUGGAUGACCUUAAGGUCCUUUCCAACCCAAACUGUUCUAUGUACAGAAGUGAAUAAAGGUAAGAAGUGUCUAAGGCACUUCUAACACCAAGAUAUUAAUGACAGUGCCUCACUCCCCUGAUGGAAUUUGUUUAGCCACCAACUUUUUAAAUGCAUAUCAUGGUUCUUAACAUUGUAGCAUAAAAACCUUCUAUUUUUAAAAAACCUUCUGAUGCAUACACAAUAUUGGAGAUGCUAUGAUGUCUGAAUUUCAUCUUCCAGUACCUGGAAUAAAAUGUGUCAUGGACUUUUUCUAAUUUAGUGUUUACUCAAUCAAUCAGGAGUUCUUACCUUUUGGGUGUAAAGUAAGAGACAGUAGAGAUACAGGGGACUAAGAUUCAGUCUGGCCUUAGCAUAUGUAUUGAGGUCACAAGGGAACUAAUAUUACUGUUUUGAUCUUUAGUCUGAAAGCAGUUAUUUGAUGGACUGGCAUUAAAUGUGGGAAACUGGUCAGCUAAGAGCAGCUUUCAUUAUAAACUUGCACUUAAAUUAACCUUCGUUUAGAAAACACAGUAUGGCACUAACAUAAAACUGCUUUUCUUAAAAGGCAUGUAUAUUAAACUGGUGCAUUUAUUUCUGUAUCAAACACCUAUUUUUUGCAUCUGGUAAUUAUGUGUUCACUGCUAUUUUAAUUAAAUGAAAUAAAGCUUAAUACAAUGAAUUGUAA